UUCCUCUAGAGGGAGCUGAUUGGAGCCGGGAGGAGCCGGCACCUCUAUGAUCGCAGCUGACUUGCGGGCCCCCAGGGCCGCCCUAAGAGGCUGCACCCGGACAGCGGGCAUUCGCUGACGCCCAUUCCUGGAAGCAGCCCCCCCUGGGAGCAGCUGCUGGUCCCUCAGGACCUCCGGCCUCAGCCCUGCUGAGCCAUCCCGGGCUUGGGCCUGGGUCCGGGCAGGCUAACACUGUCCUCUGCCGGGGCCUGAAAAAUGGCAUCCGGGCAAGGCCCAGGGCCUCCCAGUCAGGGGUGCAAAGAGCCUGACCCAUCCUCCACUUCAGAGGAGCAGGUAGCCCUGGAAACGGAGGAGGUUUUCCGCAGCUACGUUUUUUACCGCCAUCAGCAGGAACAGGCUGAGGGGGCAGGGGCCCCUGCUGACCCAGAGAUGGUCACCUUGCCCCCAGAACCUAGCAGCACCAUGGGGCAGGUGGGUCGGCAGCUGGCCCUCAUAGGGGAUGACAUCAACCGGCGCUAUGACUCGGAGUUCCAGAUCAUGUUGGAUCAGCUGCAGCCUACGGCAGAAAAUGCCUAUGAGUAUUUCACCAAGAUCGCUAAAAGCCUGUUUGAAAGCGGCAUCAACUGGGGCCGAGUGGUGGCUCUCCUGGGCUUCGGCUACCGCCUGGCCCUGCACGUCUACCAGCGCGGCCUGACGGGCUUCCUGGGCCAGGUGACCCGCUUCGUGGCUGAAUUUAUGCUGCGUAACUGCAUUGCCCGCUGGAUCGCACAGAGGGGCGGCUGGGUGGCAGCCCUGGACUUGGGCAACGGCCCCAUCCGGAAUGUGCUGAUAGUUCUGGCUGUGGUUCUGUUGGGCCAGUUUGUGGUACGAAGAUUCUUCAAGUCAUGACCCCCCAGAGGAGCCCUUUGGGGUCCCAGCUAAGACCCCUGCCUGGACUUCAGUCAAGCCUUCUCCCCUAACCUCCCCUACAGGGGCUCCUCCUCAUGAGUACAGAAGCUUUAGUACGUUGGGCACUCAAGCUCUGGAGGCCCCUUGUCCAGGGUCAGUCAGUCUGCAGGGUGCCCCAAAAUUGCAUGGUGCUAAAUGGACCCCCUCCCUGGGCCUCAUCCUAUCAGAGAGGGGUUGUAGCUUCCACUCAGUUCUGUGAGACCCCCCCUCAGCCCUGUUUUCUGGGCUUUGGGGAGGAUGACAACUUGGGGGGAGUAAGGCUGGGAACCACUUCUCACCCCAAGGAGUUUUUAAUGGUUUAUUUUAGCUUUUUAUAAUACCCUUGGGAGGAUCCCUGCGUUCUCACCACGUGCCCAAGGCCAAGAUAUCUGGGGCAUGGGGAUUGUUUGCCUCCCUAUGUUCCUCGGGAUUUAACUGCUCUGGAAGUUCAGAAUUUGAGUUGGCCUGAUGCUCAGUCCUGGCCCUGCUAAGCAUCAUGUCCCUCUGCUUCAAUUCCCCUGCCCCAUAUUUCCUUGGCAGUUGGACUCAGGGAUUCUGGGCCUGGAGUGUGGGGUGAGGGUACAGGCCAGAGCUGUCUGAAUUCAUCUGAGCCUGCCUCCUAAGGGCCUCGGUUCUCUCCUUUCCCCUCACGUUACCACUUGCUCCAACCCAUUCACCUGCCCUUCAUCACUCCAUAAUAGGAAGGGCAAGGCCUUGGCUGAGGGUAGUGCUGGGUCCUCCUCCUUGUCCAGAAUAUAGGGUUUCAGACUGUGGUUGGUUAUUGUCAGGGAAAGGGAGAGGGUGCUCACCUUGAGGGUUCCCAGAAAGAGUUCCCACUAGGAACCCCAGGGUUGGGAUCCUCCCUCGAGGGCCUGGGCACAGUGUAAUCUGGGGGUGUGGAUGGGAGAACUGAAUACUUGAACUCUACUCUCCAAUCCCUCCACCCUCCAUACCUGCCGAAACCACCCCCCUGUGUGUAGGGUGGGAGUGCCUUGUCUAUCUUGCACAGCCUAGGGGCUUGGAGAUAACAGGAGAGAAGUUCUUGAUUAAGCCAAAUGCAGGGAGGGGAUGCAGAUGGAACCUGCUGACCACCCCCCACCCUCUGAGUGUAUUUGAAAAUAAACUGCAAUUCCCCCACAGCUGCUCAGUAAUUUUUGCACCCUCUGCUUCCUCUUCCUCAGAAUGCCUCUGGAUCCUAUAGAGGGCUGGGUG